CAAAGUACAGCGAGGCUGGACUUCCUGUGUGGAUGUCACAUGACCAAAUUGGAGUCGUAUGAUGUGAGUUUUCCUGUUUGGGGGUACUAGCGGUUACAGAGGGACGCUGUACUCCCUGGAAACGCUUCUGUCCGGUGGGCCACACACACCAUGCUCCUAGCAGCUCCACCUUCAGGUGACCCUCCCCGCGCUCAGGUUCGGUGAUCCUCCGUAAAGCGCCAUGGCCUCCGAGCAGCACACCGGCCGCCUCUCCCAGCCCAGUGCAGAGUACUUCUUAUGGGACUAUCGCCUCCAGCUCAUCGGCCUUGGCUUCUGCUUCUAUACUGCAGUGUUCCUCUUCUGUCACCUCCUCUCUGUGUCUCUGUGCCAGACCUACAAGUCCCUGCUGGCCAAAGAAAAGGUUUUUUGGAACCUUGCUGCCACCCGGGCAGUGUUUGGGAUCCAGAGUACAGUAGCCGGUCUCCGGGCCCUCACUGAAGACUCCUCAAUCACCAAAGACAAAGUGAGGGGCCAGGAAGACUGGUCAUGGUUUAACGUGCUCACAGCCACAGGCUUUUUUGCAUUUGAGAAUGUUGCACUUCACGCCUCCAGUGUGGUGUUUUGGUCAUUCGACCUCCCACUGGCCACGCACCAUUUCUUCGCCCUGUCGGGAUACGUGGGGGCGGUGGUGUGGGAUUCCCUGGGCCACUUCCUGCCCAUGGUCACCCUCCUGCUGGAGAUGAGCACGCCAUUCACCUGUAUAUCCUGGAUGCUGCUGAAGGCUGGCUGGGCAUGCACUCUGUUCUGGAAAGCCAACCAGUGGGUGAUGAUUCACAUGUUUCACUGUCGAAUGGUACUCACUUACUACAUGUGGUGGGUAACCUUGAUCCACCGGGUGGAGCUGUGGACCCAUGCGCCCCUGCCCCCGCUAAUACUCUUCUUCACCGGCCUCACUCUGCUCACACUUAUCCUCAACCCCAUAUGGACCCACAAGAAGACAAUGCAGCUUCUUAAUCCUGUGGACUGGAACUUUGGCAACAAGGCGAUCCCACUAAACGGCACCACCGACGGUCAGCCUGAGGCUUCUGGAAAACCUCAUGCCAGUUAAGGAGUAUCAUCGGUGUCGUUUCCUGUUUCAGUUAUGGCUUUUUAUUUUAUUAUUUGAGACUGAGUGGGAGCUGACUUUUGAUGGAUGCUUGUUUUAAAUUCUACGUUUGUUAGACUGGGACUUCUUUUUAAGCCCCUUGGGCUCUCUAGUCCUUUGUUCUGUAACGCAUCUUUUCCUCUAGCACCACCUCAGCUCAACUCUACUCAGUUUUUACAAUUGGGUAGUACCUCAAUGUGGGCGGGGUCAUCAUAGCAAGGUGGGCAGAAAGUCCCAGUCUGCGUUUUCUUGUCAGACUUUGGGUAAAAGAAGUUUGUGUCUCCAUUUCCUUCGUUGUUGGGUUUGAAAAAUGGCAAAUUUGAUUCUUGUGAAGGAGUCGCUCUCAUAACUCAUCCAGUGACAUCACUCCCUGGCCAAUCGGUGGCAUGAAGUCUCCCAAUGUCACAUUUUUGGUCUGACUCAGCUCCUCACAAACUCACCUAAUGGAAACCCUUUAAACUAAGUAAUUGAGUUGUGUAGGUGCUAGUGGAAAAAGGGCAUAAAGAGACUUGGCUCCUGACAAAGGUUUACAUAUGAUCACAACAGAGUGUGAAACAGAAUCUUUCACUGCACAGCUUUUAUUUCGAUUUCGUUUUAUUUCAGGACUCUGGUAUUACUGUCUGGGUUUUUCCAGGCUCAUAACAGGACUUUGUGGUUCAUUAUACACACAAGUAUUAUCGAUGCAGCAAAGAGUUGGCAAUGGUGCGAUUUCACACCUUUUAACAAGUGUUGCAAGUAUCCACUUUUAAAGUAAUAAAUUACUUUUUUUCAGUAUAAAAUAUGUAUGAGAGCAGCUCCUGCAUUAAAAAUCAGUAAGUUUAAGAUCAACAAAAGCUUUAAUAAGCAAAAUCUGCUUUGAGAUAAAGACCAGAAUUAAACUGGACUCAAAUAUGAGUUGGGAGUAGAUGUUGUCGGCCCACAGCUGUUUCUAUUGUGUACAUAUUGACAGUGAAAUUUGCUCCAUCUGUUUAGGGAAGUGUGAGGUGAGCGUGAAGUGUCUCUAAAUCAAAGCACUGUGAACUCCAGAGUGGACCCUUUGUUACACAGCUCUGCUGCCUGAGUGGGGUAAAACUGGAUCAUGUUUGAGGAUGACCUCUCAUAGGUUUACUCAUUGAAGUUAUUAGAUACGAAGUGUUGAUCAGAUUGGUGUGUUUGGACUGCAUCAGCAGAGAAACAAGCAUGUAUCAUGGCGGAGUUACACUGAGUCACAGCAGUCCGCUUCACAAAGGCUUAACUGUGCUGAAAAAAUACUGAACUAGUGCUUACACUAAGCAAACCUCUGACCCUGAUAAUUGUGGUUUAAACUGGUGCAGCCCUGCAGCCCAUCUUUAUUUAUGGUGUAUUCUAAAAUCCACUGAGUUUUAUUUUAUGUGUGUGGGAUUUUUAUAAAAACAUACUAAUGGCGAUUGUGUGUGUUCCUGUAUUUAAACCAUAGGAAAGGUUUUAUUUGUCUUUCGCUGCAAAUGUUCAACUUCUCCACAAUAUCCCACUUUAACAGCUCUGCUUUUAGUUCUCAUUAACAGAAUAGCCCUGUGUUGUUAUUGUACAUGGGAAACAGAAUCAUGUGUUACAUUCAGUAAUUUUUUAAGACAUUUUAAUUGUGCACGUAGUUGUAAUUUUUUUUCUACAGCGUGCACAUUAACACCUUUGGCUCGGCCUGCACAAAAGCUGCCUGUGU